AUGGGUGUAUUUUCAAAGCAAAUUACACUAAGUUUUGUUAGAAGUAAACAAAUUGCCAUAAGCGGGCAAACUGUGCUAUUAAUAUGCCCAUUUCGAAAACAAACAGACCCAAUUCAAUGGGAAAGACAUGCAGUAACAUACAGCGAAGAUGAACAUAUUAAUCCUAAACUAGAUGAUGCGAUCAGAACUAGAUUGAAUGUUGAAGGAAACCAUUUGCAUGGGCAGUUUAAUUUGCAAAUAAGGAAUGUUAGAAAGCAAGAUGAGGGCAAAUAUACUUGUUUGACAAAAGUUAAUGGAACUGGUGUAGAAGAAACUGUGUAUCUGUAUGUUAAUGUAAAGCCAUUUUGGACUACUGGUGAUAUGAAUUCUAAAAAGGCAACAAAUCAUCGGACCACUGAAGAAAUUAUCAACGAUUCUCAAACUACAAUUGAUCUAGUGGAUAAACAUGGUGGAAACUAUUAUGAUGAAUUAUCUUAUAAAUGUAUAUAGUCUAGCAUACAAUGUUUUCUUGCCAACUUCCUUGAAAUAAGCUGACAUAAGUUUACAGAGAAUCCAAUUUUCAAAUCGAUUUAUAAAACAAUAAAAUCAAUGUAA